CCCACCGUGCGCCAACUCCACGAGGCCGAGGAGGAGGACACAGAUUUCAAUUUAUCUUCUUCUUCCUCCUCUUCCGGUGAAACCCCCCGAGACCUGGGAGAGAAGGAGAAAUGGCGUCGUGGAAUUCAACGCCUCUGGAGGUCCUAUACGAGAUCUUUGGAUGGCUCGCCUUCGUUUCAUGGUCGAUCAGUUUCUAUCCCCAAGUCAUACUCAACUUCCGCCGCAGAAGUGUGGUGGGGUUGAACUUCGAUUUCGUGUUGUUGAAUCUCACAAAGCACUCCGCCUAUAUGAUAUACAACGUUUGCCUCUACUUUAGCCCUGUUAUCCAGAAGCAGUAUUACGAGAAAUACGGUUAUGGAGAGAUGAUCCCUGUAGCUGCAAACGAUGUUGCUUUUUCACUGCAUGCUGUCCUGUUGACAGCAAUCACUUUGGUCCAAAUUGCAAUUUUUGAGCGUGGACCUCAAAAGAUUUCUAAAAUAUCUAUGGCGAUUGUCGCUGCUGUGUGGCUAUUUGCUGGAAUAUGUUUUUUCAUAGCUUUGCCUAGACAUUCUUGGCUUUGGCUCAUCUCGAUCUUCAAUUCCAUUCAAGUUUUUAUGACAGUCAUAAAGUAUAUCCCGCAGGCGGUAAUGAACUUUAGACGAAAGAGCACGGAUGGCUUCAGCAUCGGAAACAUUUUACUAGAUUUUCUUGGAGGGAUGUCAAGCUAUGGACAGAUGGCUAUGCAGUCUAUUGAUCAAAAUUCAUGGGUGAACUUCUAUGGAAAUAUAGGGAAGACAUUGCUCUCGCUGAUAUCCAUAUUCUUCGACCUUCUGUUCAUGUGUCAACAUUAUAUCUUAUACCCUGCAAAUAAAUUUCAAACAACUCCCAAAGUCAGCAAGGAUAAGGUAGAGCCUCUUAUUGUGCCUUCUGAACCCCUGCAGUCAGAAAACGUUUAAGGAUUAGCUCGACUGAAGGGUUGUACAUAAAGAAGAAAUGCACGAAUUUGUGUAGAAUAUCAGCGCAUUUGCUCUUUCUUAUACCUCGCGAUAACAGUCUUUCCUGUUGGACAUGGUUGAGAAUCAUGCAUUCAAAAGUGUGUUGGAACACAUUUAGGAACUUAAAAGUAUUUAAUAAAGUGUAAUUAUAGUACAGAUCAAAGCUUUGUGUAUUAUUAUUGUGCAGUUGUUGAAUACUCAUUUAUAGCUACCCAACUGAAACUUUAUUCUUGAGAGGUUGAUUUACUGUUUGCCUUCCUGGACAAAAUGGUCGAGCAUGUAAUGUCUAGUUUGGCUAAAA